UCUGCCGCUCUCCUCCUCACCACCUCCCUCCUCUGCUGCAUCUGUGGCUACCGUUAAGGGACAAAACCAGGAGGUCAAGCACACACAGCACAUUCACAAGCUAACUCCUGAAGAGGAAAAUGCUUCAUAAACUGUGAAUUAUCCAACGGAAGUGACCGCAGAUAUUAUAAUAUUCAAGAGCGGCGGCUCUCUACCAGCGGACCUUGCAGGCCAGUGUUUGUCCAUCAUGUUGUCCAGGUUGAGAACAACCUGGUCCCUGAGGCCCUGUGUCUCUGUUUGCAGAUGGGCACACACCAAAGAGAAGGGCAAGCCCCUCAUGCUCAAUCCUCGCACCAACAAAGGGAUGGCUUUCUCCCUACAGGAGCGACAGAUAUUGGGGAUACAUGGCCUGUUGCCUCCCAAAGUGGAGACUCAGGACAUUCAGGCCAUGCGCUUUCAGAAUAAUCUGAAGAAGAUGAUUGAUCCCCUAGAGAAGUACGUCUACUUGAUGGGCAUCCAGGAAAGGAAUGAGAGGCUUUUCUAUAGGGUGUUGAUGGAAGACAUAGAGGAACUGAUGCCGAUUGUAUACACUCCCACUGUUGGCCUGGCCUGCACACAGUAUGGACACAUCUUUAGGAGACCCAAAGGCUUGUUCAUCUCCAUUCGUGACAAAGGACACGUCCGUUCCAUCCUAGACAACUGGCCAGAGACUAGUGUUUCGGCAGUAGUAGUAACUGAUGGUGAGCGUAUUUUAGGAUUAGGGGACCUGGGUGUUUAUGGAAUGGGCAUACCUGUUGGAAAACUUUGCCUGUACACUGCCUGUGCCGGCAUUCGACCUGAGAAAUGUCUGCCGGUGGUGAUAGAUGUUGGCACAGACAAUGAGACUCUGCUCAAGGAUCCACUUUACAUGGGCUUGUACCAGAAGCGAGAUCGCUCUCAAGCCUACGAUGAUCUGAUUGAUGAGUUCAUGGAAGCGGUGGUGGAAAAAUACGGGCAGGACACACUGAUCCAGUUUGAGGACUUUGGAAACCACAAUGCCUUCCGCUUCCUUAGGAAGUACAGAGAGAAGUACUGCACCUUCAACGACGAUAUCCAAGGCACUGCGUCUGUAGCCCUUGCUGGUCUGUUAGCAGCUCAGAGAGCGAUUGGCAAACCCAUCACUGAACACCGGGUGCUUUUCCUGGGAGCUGGAGAGGCAGCGCUCGGUAUUGCCAAUCUGAUUGUCAUGGCCAUGAUGGAGAAGGGGAUGUCCCAAGCUGAGGCCAGAGAAAAAAUCUGGUUGUACGAUAAACAUGGCUUACUAGUAAAGGACAGACUGCAGGAAAUGGACGCCAAUCAGGAGGCAUUUGUCCAUGACAGUCCAGGGUCUGUACAGAGCUUCCUAGAUGCUGUCAACACCAUUAAGCCCACAGCUAUUAUUGGUGUGGCGGGAGCUGGACGUCUGUUCACCCACGAUGUCAUCAAGUCCAUGGGAACCUUGAAUGAACGACCAAUUAUCUUUGCCCUGAGUAACCCAACAACUAAAGCAGAGUGCACGGCAGAGGACGCCUACACACUCACCGAUGGUAGAUGUCUUUUUGCCAGUGGCAGUCCAUUCGGUCCAGUGACUAUGAGCGAUGGCCGCGUCUUCACUCCUGGACAAGGGAACAAUGCUUAUAUCUUCCCAGGUGUGGCCUUGGCUGUGAUCCUGAGUGGAGUGAGACACAUCAGUGACACAGUCUUCUUAGAGGCUGCCAAGACCCUUGCAGAGCAGGUGACAGAUAAAGAGCUGGAAGAAGGGAGACUCUAUCCUCCACUCUCCAACAUCAGAGAGGUUUCUGUCGACAUGGCUGUCAAGGUGAUGGAGUAUGUCUACACUAAAGGCAUGGCGUUCCGCUACCCUGAGCCUUUGGACAAGAACGGCUUUGUACGUGCGACUGUGUGGGAUACCCACUACGACUCCUUUCUGCCAGACACCUACAACUGGCCAGGUGUCAGCUUUAGCCCCAAGACUAACUAGAAGUAGACCAGCCCCUCACUGUGCCCCAUGUCACAAUGUCACUCUUCCUUUGUUUUCCACUCAACUCUUUAUCACAGAUCUUUUUAGAUGAUCAUAGAAAUUUUGAUGCAAACAUCUGCUUAUUACAAAAGGCAGCAGGAGUCUCUGAUUGCUGCCAUGCUACUGUCCUGUUGGAUCUGUGAAAAAGUAGAGUGGGAAGUGGCUUUUGAAAGAUGACAUUUGAAAGGCCAUUUUCACUUCACACCCUAGUUCUUUAUCACCUCUGCAUACCAUGUAACACCAGCACCUGAGGGCCACCUGGUGGUGAGAAAAGGCAGUGUAGAACUGCGGUUUCAUUAUUGAAACCUUGAGGUACAUUUUAAUGAUCUGUACUCUGGUUUAAAAAGAAAAUAACAUAAUAUCAGAAUGCAAUAUAUUACAGUAACUUGCAUCAGACAAGUAAAUCACACUCUGCUCAAGUAGAAAUUAUUAUUUGAUUUGUGUUUGAGUUAUCAUCAUCUUAGACCUAAAUUGCCUGCCUAUUUUCAAAUGUAGUCACUACAUAUUUAACAAUGAUGACUGAAAUAAUUUUGUUUUGUACUCCUGAUGCAGAGGUCAGUCUACUUUCUACUAUUCUGACUAUACGUAGUGAGUGUGUGACUUAGAGUUUGCCAAACAUUGUGCAUGUUUUAGCACGCAGUAUUGACAUUGCCUUUUUCACACUGAUCCACCAAUGCCCGGUGUAAGACAUAGGGUGAAACACUCUCUUUUAACCUGUGCUUAAAUCAGGAUACAUUGGUUAGCAGUGGAGCUCUAGUAUAGCAGAGGGUUAAAGUACUUGGAGAGAAGAGCAGAAACAAUGUUACUCAGGGCAGAAAAUGUCUUUUAAAGAAAGAACUCAGUAAAUGAAGAUAUUUUAUGAAGGGAGAUUAAAUUAAAAAAUGUAUAUCUAAAAAUACUUGAGAAACCAACGUCCACUCCAGCAUUGUAUUUGUUCAAAUGCUUUUUUUUUCACAUUGUGAUUAUUUCUCUGAAUUUAUUUUAUUUUUGGAGAUUGUAUUUAGAUGUUUUGCCAUUGUUCUCUAUAUUCAUCCACUCCUUUAACUUUCUCUAACUUGUGUGACAUACAAACUACCCACCCAAUAUUUAAAAAAAAAGGUUUUGCUGCAGUAUAAAAUGAUUGGAUAAACAUUAUUUUCUAUUAUAAUUAUAUUUUUGUUUACUGUAAAUGAAAACUGAGACUGUCAGAUGAAUAUUCAUAAAGUUGUCUUCAGUACGUCUAUGUGUGUGUGUUGGCAGGUUGGUGUGUGGGUUUUGCUCUUUGGAACAUAAUUAACAAAACAACAAACCUCCAGGCACCAGGAUUCAAUUCACUGUUCUGAUCUACCAUAAUCAUUUAUAAUAACACGGUUGCAUUUUCUCAGAAUAACACAAAAAGAGGGAAAACUUUGCUCUUGUAGUACAUCUGCUUUGACUGUAUUUAAAGAUGGAAACUUAAAAAACUUUCUUGUAGAGCACCUGCCAAUAAGGCAAAGUGCUUUGCAUAAGACAUGAAAGGCAUUAAGAAAAAAAUAAGCUAAAGACAAAAAUAAUAUUUUGAAAGGUGUAACAUAAAAAAGAAGAUCCAAUUAAACAGAAGAUUAAAGGUAAGAGUGUAGUGAAAUAUAUGAAUAAAUAGUCCUAAGUCUUUUGGAACUUUGUAAUGAAUGAUGUAAUUAACUCAUAGGCUACGCUGUGGACUAUUCAAAAAUAAUAUUUUGGCAUAAAAAGGUAGUGACCAAAUGGCCACAAACAUCAAUUAAGUAGUUACACAUGUAGCAGAUGGCAACUUCUUCAAAAUCACAACAUGUAUUCUCAAAGUAAGAUGUGCUAUUAAUAAUAUUCCAGCUAUAUUUUCCUAAUAGUUCACAUCUGUGGUGUACUGCACUUAUCUCAAUGAGACAUAGUACUUAGGUAGACUUUCAACCUGCCAGUGUUGUCUAUCAGAUCUUUAUGCUUUGUGCUGACAGAGAGGAACAGAAACUAAUUCAUGUGUAGUAUAAUGCAUGAGUCUUAGUCUCAUACAUAUAUGUGUUAUUUAUCCUUAAUAUAUGUGCAAGGUUGCUGUGUCCAUUUUAAUCUCAGGAUAUUGAAUUAGGACCUUUUAACCAGCUGCAUUGAAGUGCCUGCGUGAUGUCGAGCGUCGGUCAUAAUCACCUCAUGUUCCAUGACAUAGCUGAGAAACAUCGCAUCAGCACUAUGAAUAUUAAAAAAUAUACAUAGCUGUUUGUUUAAAUGUGCAGCUUUAGGUUGUGAACAUCACAAGUUAUAUACUCAUACAUUUUGAAAUAGUUUUUUUUUAAUCCCAUUACAAUGUCCCAGUGUAUGUAUUCUGUUGUUCUUACUGACUGUAAUUGUUUAGUGUAAAGUUUUACUGUGUUGUGUCAAAAUUUGGUGUCUGGUUUCCUUAAGUGAUCCUCGUUGUCCCCAUAAGGAAAGUUUAAUCCACUUUUCAUAGAACUGUGCAUUCAUGUAGUGCUGUUUCAAGUCUGUGUUUCUGAAGUUUAUUUUUGUUACACAGUAAUAUUACCUCAGCAUUUGUACUCAGAGAGCAGCAUGUUUGUACUGCUUCUUAAUACCUACUUAAUGUGCUGUUAAAAGUGCAGAAUAAAAGCUGUUUAAUGGCU